AUGCAUUUCUUUUUUAGUUUUCACCAAAAAAAAAAAAAGAACUUGGAAAUGCAUUCCAGACUUUUUAAAAAAAGUUGAAUUUCUUUGAUAAUUAUUUUCCUCUUCCGUGUCGUGAAAUAUUUUUAAUUUAUUAUUAUUUUUUAUUAUUAACUGCGCGCACGUGUUAAAAUAUGGAAAUAUUUCACCGUAUAUUUAACCAUUGGAAGCGAGAAGCAUUUCUUCGAGAGAUCGAGAGAGAGAAGAAAAGAGGGGCAAAAAAAAGAGCGGGAGGUUUUACCUUUCUCCAUUAUUGACGUCUCUUCUUUCUCUCUCCUCUCCUAUGGAACAACCGGCCCUCCACUUCCCCGCCGCCUCAUCUCCGCCGUCCGAUAAUGAAUUUGACCACGACGAGGAUCACCACGAUUUCUCCCCCGUCGGCUCACCGGAGCUCACCGAAUCUCAUUUCCCGCCGCCGUCGGAUCAGCCGCAGCCUUCCGUGCUCUCCGAUGAUCUCCGCCGCAAGAUCAUCAAGCAGGUGGAGUAUUACUUCAGUGAUGAAAAUUUGCCAAAUGACAAGUUUAUGCUGAAGUAUGUAACAAGAAAUCCAGAAGGGUUUGUUCCUAUUGGAGUUGUUGCCUCAUUUAAGAAAAUGAAGAAGCUAACAAGAGAUGCAUCAUUGAUUGUGGCUGCAUUGAAGGAAUCUACCUUUCUUGUUGUUAGCUCUAAUGAGAAAAAGGUGAAGCGACUUCAUCCUCUUCCAUUAGCAGACAAGGACCCAAUGGUAUGCACUGUGCUAGUGGAGAAUCUUCCCGAGGAUCAUUCAGUGGAGAACCUUCAUAGAGUGUUUGGUGAAGCUGGAAUCAUAAAGAAUAUUACUAUUCGUGACCCACAUGAUGCAAGAGACCCAAAAAAGUGCACCAUAGCGGAGAAGCUGAUCAGCGGAAAGUUGCAUGCCCUUGUGGAGUACGACACUGUGGAGGCUGCUGAGAAAGCUGUGGCCACUUUGAACAACGAGCAAGAUUGGAGAUAUGGAUUGCGGGUCAAGCUUCUGAAAAAAACGAACAAGCCUGGGCAGAAGAAAAAAGUAUGGAGAGAGUUAGAGCCUGACAAAGGUAGUACCGUUCAGACAACUGAGCCAGCUGCCGGUGAGGAGAACCAUGAUGCGAGUGAACAUCAUGACGAUUCACACGAUGAGGAGGAUGUGGAUCCUUUAUCUAGAGAUAAGAACGGGACGCAAUUGCCUAGAGACAAAAACGGGCAGAAGGGACGAAACAGAGGACGUGGAAGGAGACAAAAGUAUCACAGCACAAAUGGACAUGGCCACGGAACCCAGUAUUCCAGCCAUGGUGUUGAACCAUCGAAGCCGCCACCAGGCCCCAAAAUGCCAGAUGGAACGCGAGGGUUUACGAUGGGCAGGGGGCGGCCUCUUCUCGCGACCAAUUGAGUUUCGAACGGUGUGGAUUGCAGUAUCAUCUUGUUGAUAUAAAUACGUUUUUUCAUGUGUAGCUUGAACAUAUAUGAAAAUCUGCCCCAGAAACCGAUCUUAUCAUUAUCAGCUUCAAAAAUGGUUUGGUUUUUCACAGAUUGUGUGAAUUAUGUGGGGACUCCUCAAGUGUAUGAAAGGGAAAUUUCCUCGCAAUUCAGAUUAUCUGUCUUUGUAUUUUAAUACGGUCUCUGCUAUAUAAUGUAAUGGUGUUAUUUGUA